GAUUUUAAUUAUGAAAAUACAUAUUUUAUUAUUUUUACUGUUCAUUAAUUUGGAGCUAUCUAAAAGUAUACUGCUCAGAGGUAAAAGAGCUCAAAAUGGUCAAUUUCCUUGGUUAAUACAAUUUCAAACAAUAGCACCAUGCGGUGGAGUUCUUAUAUCAUCUGACUGGGUUUUGACCGCAGCACAAUGUGUACAAGACAAGAGAAAUGUAUGGCACAAAUUAUUCUUAACGUUAAGAAAACCGAUAUUAACGAUGUAAUUUUUAAUUUCAUUUAUGUAGUCCAUUGUUUUAUUUGCAACUGGGCUAAAUGGAACCGAUACCAAACAAACUGUAUCCGUGAAAGCUACAUACAUACAUCCUCAUUACGAGCCUUACUCUGUUCUUCCUGAUCGAGAUUAUAAUAUAGCUCUUAUGAAACUAACUAAACCGUUUGACAUGUGUAAUGGUAAAGUAAUAUUACCGAAUAUACCCGGCAAAUAUAAUAAUAAUUAUACACCGUGUUUAAUAUUCGGUUGGCAAAGCUACGUUUCACCAUCCUCAAAAGUUCUGGCUAAACCAAUUCAAUACAGCGAAGUGAUUCUUAAUUCCUGGAAAUUAUGCACGUAUAUGAUAAAGACAAGUGUGAAUUAUACGAAUGUAUUUUGUGCAAUGGUGGAAUUUAAAGAUGAAAUGAAAGCAUGCGCUGGAAAUCCGGGUUCACCGGUUGUAUGCGAAAAUCAACAUCGUGAAACAUCUUUAGUCGGAAUUGCAUCCUGGACAAAUUUUUCUUUAGAAUGCGGCGAUCUACCAACGUACCUUGAUCUUGAUGCAUUUAGGAUAUGGAUAAAUGACUUGAUUUUUAAUGAUAAAGAAAUGGAUAAAUUGGAAGACAAUGAUAGACUAUCUGGAAGAGCAAUAUCCUACCGCAAAACACCUACAGAAGAUGAAAAUCUAUCUCACAUUUGGAAUAAGUUAUAUAUACCUAUUUUUCAUCAAUUUAAUCCUAUAAAUGAAUCCUCUCGUAUUCAUUACAUGCCCUAUGAGGAAAUUGCAAAGGGAACAAUUGUUCAUAGAUACGAAGAAAUUGGUAAGAGUAAAAAUCUUCCCAAUAAUCAAAUGAUAAAAUCAAAGAAAAAUCAAUUAAGCGAUUCAAAUAAAUCAAUGUUAUGUAAAAGUAAAAAGUUUGAUCCAGUUAUAAGAGAACCUGACAUAGAUCAAUUAGAAAUAAAUGAUUUUGAAUUCUUAUUACCAGUUAAUUCUAGGAUUACUGUUAUACAUUCUAACAGUUUAUAUUUCCUGUACCUUAUAUUUUUAUACUUUUACAUUAUUAUUUACAUGUAA